UACAAGCUUUAAAACUAGUAGAUGAAUUCAGUGAAUUAGAUGAGGUACUAACAGAGAAUAAACUUGACAAAGAAGAUGAAUUAGUAGAAAAAGAUGAGCAAUCAAAUUAUGAAACAGAUAAUGAUAAAAUUAUAGAGGUAUUUCAAGAGUAUGAAGAUGAGAAAGAUAUUAUUAAUAAUGCUAUUGAAGAGUCUUGUGAGCUAUAG